CUUUGACUUCAUUAGAAGUAAUAUUAAGCUAUGAAAAUUAAGUUCCUAGUAGUAUUAGCAGUUACCUGCUUAUUCGCUCAUCAUGUCUCAGCAAGUGGAAUGAAGGCUGAGGAAAAGAAGAAUGAUGCAGCACCAAAACCUGUACCAGUACCUAAGCCUAAAGAAGAAAAACCUGCUAAGCCCGAAUCUUCAGAAUAUGAGAUUGAAAUUAUCCAUCAUAAAACAGAAAAGACUGUAAAAAAGGAGAAAGAGAAGAAAACUCAUGUCGAAGUCAAGAAAGAAGUCAAAAAGAAGGUAAAGAAGGAAAAGACUUGUGAAGAAACAUUGAAGGAAGAAAGAGCCGAUUGUGAGAAAUCUUGCAGUGCUGGAUUCAAACCAGUCUUCACAUUUAAAGAAGAUGGCAAGGAUUGCAAUUGGGAAUGCAAUUAUGAAGCACUUCCACCACCUCCAGGUCAGAAAGAGGUAAAGAAGGAAAAGAAGAUCGUUACAGUGACCAAAGCACCAAAACCAAAAGCACCAAAGAAGCUUAAGAAGGAAUGCUCUGGCGAAAAAGAAAAGAAGAUCGUUACAGUGACCAAAGCACCAAAACCAAAAGCACCAAAGAAGCUUAAGAAGGAAUGCUCUGGCGAAAAGGUAAUCAAAUUCCAAAACUGUCUCGUUAAAGUUAGAGGCCUUAUUGCCUUUGGUGAUAAGACAAGAAAUUUUGACAAGAAGUUCGCAAAGCUUGUUGCUAAAAAGCAAAAGAAGGGUGCAAAGAAAGCUAAGAAAGGUAAGAAAGGAGGCCCAAAACCAGCAGCUCCAGCACCAGCCGCAUCAGGCGCAACAGGCGCAACAGGCACAUAAGCCGCAUCAGCCUCACUUUCCGCUAUUUAAAAAGACAACAAUAACAAAUUGAACUAGUAAGAAUAAAAAUAAACAUUAUUUGAGCAACAUCACAACACAACAAACAAUCAUAUCAACAUCAUUAAUACCUAACAAUCCUCGUUAAUCACUUUUUUGAAAUGAAUAUCCAAAACAACAACAACAAUUUGGGAAUCUUACACAAUUAUUUCCCAAACCCUAGUUUUAAGGUUAUAUUAGUUUUAAGUUUUAAAAAGUUAGAGAAUCAUUUUCAAAAGAUAGAAUAAUUAAAAUUGACCACAACCAAUUGAAUAGAUCUAAUCACCACUGAAAAAAAUUAACAUUAUUUUUAUCAAUAAUAACGAGAUGAAAAUUUUGUAAGAUACGAUUGCGAUUACAAAAAUAAUAUUUUCUUUAUAAGAAAAUUAAAAACUUACAUGAACAAGUAGACUACUAAGGGCUUAAAAAUACUAAGGAAUUUAAAAGAACUGAACCAUUAACAUCUAAAUAAAUAAAAGCGUGUAUUUAACAUCUUUUUCAUGCAAACUUUGACUUGUUUUACUUUUAUUUUAAUAAACUUUUAAUAUGUUUCAGUAUUAUU